GCCGAGAGGUGGACGCACGCGCACGCGGCCUCUCCGCGCCUCCUCGCACGCGCCCGCUUGUCGCGUUUUUUUUUUUUUUUUUUUUUUUGAAGGAACAACUCGCGCUCAGUGGCACGCUCAUUUGGGCGCGGGUCUUGCGGGAAAGUUCCGGACGCAGGCUGAGACAUGAAGGACCGUACGCUCGAGCUGAGGCAUGGUAAAGACUCCGAGGAGGAAGAGGAGGUGGCCGUCGGUGUAGAGAAAGCCUUCAUGGAUGAGUUCUUCGAGCAGGUGGAGGAGAUCCGUGGCUUCAUUGACUCACUGGCGGAGAAGGUGGAGGAUGUCAAGAGGAAGCACAGCGCCAUCCUUGCCUCUCCAAACCCAGACGAGAAAACGAAAGCUGAACUGGAAGAGCUGAUGACAGACAUCAAGAAGUUGGCCAACAAAGUGCGCUCCAAGUUAAAGAGCAUUCAGCAGACCAUCGAGCAUGAGGAGGGCCAAAACCGCUCGUCAGCUGACCUGAGGAUACGCAAGACGCAGCACUCCACCCUGUCUCGUAAAUUUGUGGAGGUGAUGUCAGAGUACAACGCCACGCAGUCGAGCUACAGGGAACGCUGUAAGGGGCGCAUCCAGAGACAGCUCGAGAUCACUGGCAGGAAUACAACAAAUGAGGAGCUGGAAAGCAUGUUGGAAAGUGACAAUCCAGCUAUUUUCACUUCGGGGAUCAUCAUGGACUCUAACAUCACCCAGCAGGCUAUGAACGAGAUCGAAACGCGGCACACCGAGAUCAUCAAGCUAGAGAACAGCAUCCGUGAGCUGCACGACAUGUUCAUGGACAUGGCCAUGCUGGUGGAGAGCCAGGGGGGGCUCAUGAACAACAUAGAAUCAAAUGUGCGGCAUGCGCAAGAAUAUGUGGAGAAGGCCAAGGACCAGACCAAAGCAGCUGUUAAAGUUAAAAAAACAAGCAAGGUGAAGUUGAUUCUGUUGGCUGUGUGUGUGGCGACCUGCUUACUCAUCCUCACCACAUCGCUGGCCGCCGGGCUCGGCUAGCCAAGGGAGGCCCUGCACGGCCCACGCCAGGAGGGGGACCCUCACAGAGCAGGAUAGACUUUCAACCGCACGCUGUAACAGGCUGGGAUGGUCUAUUCAAACCUGCACAACUACACAUUAUCGAUGGCACCGAGUUUCCACUGUGUGGCAGUAUAAGAGAUUAAUUAUUUAACAUUUUCUCAAUGAAUCUCUAUGAUUAUUUAUAUACUGAUAAUACAAUAAUAAUAAUGUUGUCUUUAACAAUGGACACUGAUUAGGUUUGCCUACUCGAGGACUAUGUAACGCGCUGCCAUACGUUAUAGAGGGUUGUAAGCUGUGAUCCUCCAGGGCUGCUGUCUCUACUGUUCUCUAAUGUCAGUGUGGCCCCUCUACCCUGUGGACUUUGUUUUCACAUUUGGCCUCAUUCCUGAGUAAACUGGUUUAUCAUCUUAAAGUACUGGGAGAAACAGAGCUUCUUCAGAGUAUAAUUUAAAUAAAUACACACACUAAUACAUAAAUAAACAAAUAUAAUAAUAACGAUGAUCAUCAGAACACCAAUAAUAAUAAUAAUAAUAAUAAUAAACUAAUAAUAAUAAUAAUUUUACCACAGCUCUUUGUUCUAACAGUUGAUAUUGUCCUUUGCUGCUGUGCUGUAUUCAGUAUCUAAAAUUAUGAAUACAGAAAACAAUUGUGAAGGAAUAACUGACAGUAUGCGAGCCAUCCAAUGAGAUUUGCAUCUGCCUCACUCUGCUCUCUUUGCUCUUUGUGUUUGAUGGCUUGCUGCUUUGUAUCCUGCAGUGUUUAGUUUGUGUGUGCAUGCACUUCUCAUUGUGGCAUGCGUGAGUUUCUUCUUGUGCAAUUCUGCAGGGUUAUGUCGCCCUCUUGUGGUGAACGUCGUCUACUACAUGUUUUGAAUUUGUCCUUCCUUUUGUAUGUAGGUGACUGUAUGAAUAUAAAUAUCACUCCCAGAUGAUAUAUGUAUUUUAAUCUUGUGGUCAGUCUUGUUUCAGUGUGUGAUAAACGCAGUUUACUGUACAUAUUGAAGUGGAUUAUAUGAUUAACAGCAUAUAUUUAGGAAUAAACCAUUAGCAGUAUUUAUUUAACAGGUAACAGUUUUGAUUGCAAUUUUAUUUUAUGAUAAUGUUAGAAACCAUGAACUUUUGUAUCCAAAAUCCGCUUUCAAGCUCCAAGAUCUGUCUAAUAUUAAAGUUCUAAUAAUAAUUUGCUCUUCCAUUCUCUUUUCAUGCUGCCUGGAUUGUGUUGUU